AUGGCCGCGCGGCCGUCCGGGGCACGUCAGCCGGCGGCCCCCGGCCUCCUCCUGCUCCUGCUCCUCCUGCCCACCGCCCGGCCUGCAGUCACGGCCCACAGACGCCCUAGGAGCGAGCGUGUCUCCUUGAACCGCGACGUGGCCUGCGGCCGUCGUUACGUGCAGGGGAAGAUAGUGGGGGGCGUGGACGUCCCGGAGAGGAAGUGGCCGUGGCAGGUCAGCGUGCACUACGCAGGCUUCCACGUCUGCGGAGGCUCCAUCGUUGACGAGUACUGGGUCCUGACGGCAGCGCACUGCUUCCAGAAAGGGCGGAGCACCGAGCCGUUUGAUGUAUAUGUGGGCCUCGUGGACCUCAGAGUCGCAGGCAGUCACACCCAGUGGUUCGAGGUGAACCAGGUGAUCAUUCACCCGACGUACCAACUGUUGCACCCUAUCGGAGGCGACGUGGCCCUGGUGCAGCUGAAAUCUCGCAUUGUGUUUUCGGACUCUGUGCUCCCCGUCUGCGUCGCGCCCCCGGACGUGAACCUUCAGAAUGCCGUCUGCUGGGCUACAGGAUGGGGAGUCAUCUCCCGACAAGGCCACACCUCGGACAGGCUGCAGGAGGCCCAGAUGCCCCUGAUCCCGCGGCUCCUGUGCCAGCUGCUUCACGGACACCCGUCGUACGUCACGCCCGACAUGCUGUGUGCCGGGAACAUCAGGGACGUGAAGAAUGUGUGCGAGGGUGACUCUGGGGGCCCACUUGUCUGUGAGUUCAACCGCACUUGGCUGCAGGUUGGAGUGGUGAGCUGGGGCCGCGGCUGCACCUAUCCUGUGUACCCUGCAGUUUACGCCCGCGUCUCCUACUUCUCAGAAUGGAUACGGCAUCACAUAGAGCACACCCCCCGCCCCCUUCAGCCGCUCCCCACCCUCUCCUGCAGGCUGCGGGCCACCCUCAGUGUCCCUGUGACCGUGCUGGCUGUCCUGUUACUGUGAGGGCCGAGGGCCCAGCCUCCUCACUCACGCUGCAGGCUUCGGUGCACCCGAGCGAGGGGCGGGCCACCGGCUGGGCCUCCCCGCAGAAAGGGCUGAGACGCGGUAAGAUAUUAAAUGUUCACCCGGCAAGG